AUGCUUAAAGCGAUCAAUUUAGUUGAAAAAGAUAUAUCAACAGCACUUAAUGAAUCUCACACUGGUCAAGAUGAUGCAAUUAUUCUAAAUGAGACGGCUGAGAUCCACUCAAAUUUAUCAAGUUCAGUCAACUCAGAUGAUGAAUGUAGUGAUAGUGAAACUGGUGCAGAUUGUUCGAUACUUGAUGACGAACAAAUAGAAAAUAUACUUAAUGAAGACAUUGAAUGUGUUGAUUCAACGUAUGAACACACAGAACAAAUCCUGAAUGAUAUUCAAUUACACAAUUUAGGGGAUGGUUCAAUUUUUACAGGUAUUCGUUGUGUAGCGCAUACUCUACAACUAGCAGUUAUAGACAGCUUAAAAGAUGGUGGUGUGGAUAAAUUGUUAAAUAAAGUUCGCAUAUUAGUUCGAAAACUGCGUAAUCAAACCUAUAUAUAUUUGAUAAAAAAAGAAAAACUUAAAUUACCAAUUUUGGACUGUUUGACUCGUUGGCAUUCAACAUAUGAUAUGAUAGAGAGGAUACAAUAUUUAAAAGAGUUUAUACAAAUUAUGAUUGCAAAUGACCCCAAAUUAAAAAAAAUUAGUUUGAAUAAUUCUGAUUGGCAGCAAGUUGAAAUUCUUGCAAAAACUUUAUUACCGGCCAAACUUUGUACAAAAAAACUUCAAAGUGAACAAUUGACAUUGUCAGAUUUUUAUAGUACAUGGAUUUCGUGCAAAAUUGAAACACGUACACUAGAGAAUCCAUUUUCUAAUAAAUUAGUAAAAUGUAUGGAAUAUAGGGAACAAUUUAUCAUGAAUAAUAAGGUGUUAUUGGCAGCAAUAUUUCUAGAUCCCCGUUUCAAGGUAACAUUAAGUGAAAUACAGUAUGAUAUAGCCAUUAGUCAUUUAAUUUCUAUUUGGGUUUAUUUAAAAGAUAAUAAAAUAAACUCAAAAGAUAAUCAUGAAAGUAUGGAAGACCAAAUAGCUGAAAGUGAUAAUUUCGAAUUUAAUCAAAAUUCUGAUCCUCUUGAACAAUUUUUGCAAGAAAGAGAAAGCGUCGAAGUAGUAUCAUGUUCAAGCCAAAAUUCUACUUCAACAGUUAUUGAAAAUUUACUUAAAACGUAUUAUUUAAACCAAAAAAGGUUAAGUUAUAAAAUCAACAUAUUACAGUUUUGGAAAUCAAUGGAAGACACAUACCCAGAAUUGUAUAUACUUGCUAAAAUAGUGUUUGCUGUGCCUUCCACACAAGUUAGCGUUGAGCGGCUAUUUUCAGGACUUAAGUUUAUUUUAUCGCCUUACAGGAGUAAUAUAACGUCCAAAAAUUUAGAAAACCAAUUAAUAGUUCGAACAAAUAGAUUGUUUGAGAAGAAAAUUAUAACAAAAGAGUAA